CGGGACGUGUAGUGGGGACACUGGGACGUGUAGUGGGGACACCGGGAGGUGUAGUGGGGACACUGGGACGUGUAGUGGGACACCAGGACGUGUAGUGGGGACACCGGGACGUGUAAUGGGACACCGGGACGUGUAGUGGGGACACCGGGACGUGUAGUGGGGACACCGGCGCGCGCUGUAAUGAAGGACAUGUGACAUGGUUGAGUACGACUGGUCCAGCCCCGUUAUGUACCCUAGGCGGCGCUUGGUACACGGCUCGCUUGCCACCCUCUCCCUCCUCCAUUGAUCAUAAUACUCUUAAUAUAUGCUGUGCUUUGUUGUGGAACAUGUCAAGAAUAAGAUGAGGAGAAAAAGGCUUUUGAAGGUUCUCCUUGUUAUGGUGAUUGCAGCAAGUGUGGUGUAUUAUUCUUUAGAUUCUAAAAAACCUACUCCUGUUGAAAUUGCCCUCAUGCCAUCUUGGGUGCUGCAGAAUCUGCAAAAGGAGUUGGGUCAAGUUCUGGAGUCCUCAUUAUUAGAACAUCCAGUUAUUCCAUUUGAAGACAACUUAACAGGAGAGAUCCUCAUGCCUUUGGACUUCAUUGAUGAACCUGAAUUCAACCUAAAGAACAACAGUAAUCCACCUUUAAAGAAGAUUCUCAUGUGGAAUGAGUUCUAUGGAAUGAAGCACCUUGAGAUUGGGCUUGGACGGGAACCAUUUGUACGGGCUGGUUGCCCAAUCAACACCUGCUGGUUCACUGCCAAUAAAACCUUGUUUGACUCCAGUGAAUUGGAUGCACUCAUCUUUCAUGCUAAUAGUAAAUUUACUACUCUCCCAGAGCUAAGAUCUGUUCACACCCGCUAUAUCUUCUUCUUAUUGGAACCCCCAACGGUCUUGGACGAUUUUAAUACGGACUUAACGCCUUACAACAAUACCUUCAACUGGACAUUCACAUACAGGCUAGAUUCAGAUAUCCCAUUUCCAUAUGGCUAUGUGUUGAAGCGUAACGAGAGGGAUUCAAGUUGGGAUAACAUAAAUUUUGCAGCCGGAAAAACAAAGAUGAUUGCCUGGUUUGUUUCAAAUUGCAAUAAUACAAGUGGCAGAGAAAGGCUAGCAAAGACUCUUCAGCAGUACCUGCCUAUAGACAUCUACGGAAAGUGUGGUACCAAGAAGUGUGGCACUUCCCGUACAUGGCAUUGUUAUGAGAUGCUUAAUUCGGACUACAAAUUCUAUCUUAGUUUUGAAAAUUCUUUGUGUAAAGACUACAUUACUGAAAAACUUUACAAUAUAUUUGACUUAAAUGUGAUACCGGUUGUUUAUGGAGGAGCUGACUACAUGCAUCUACUUCCUCCUCACUCGUACAUCGAUGUUCUGGAUUUUCCUGAUAUGAAGACUUUAGCGCAGCUUCUUAUCCAUCUUGACAGCAAUGAUGACGCCUACAAUCAAUAUUUCGUAUGGAAACAGUACUAUAUAGUGGUGAAUAGAUGGGCAGCAAGGGUGCGAGCAUGGUGUAAAUUGUGUGAGCGACUCCACAGAGAUCACUUGCCUAAGGUGUAUCCCGACAUGUAUGAUUGGUUUUAUACAAAGGGCCAGUGCAAAAUACCUGCUGACUGAUAUUUACAUUUUUAGAGGAUUAGGUUAACACUUUUGUGUUCCUGGGGUCUACCAGUCUGCCACCCCAAGGUAAACCCGGCAUGAUUAGAUUCACACAUCUCGCCUUUAUAUACAAAAAGUAAAAUAUUAUUGUAAUGCUGUUUAUUAUUGUUUUGUUAUUUUCUAAUGUGAAUGGUCAUAUAAUUUAUUUUUCUAUCAUGCUAAGAAAGAAAAGAAUAAUUUUGGUUUAUUUUCGUAUUAAAUAUCUUGCUUAGCGACAAACUGUCGUAUCUCACAAUGUUAAUGAACCUUCUUAGUUCUUAAGUUUCAUCCAUUAUUUUGUGUACAGAUUAUUCCUAUAUUUUUCUAUAAGGGUAAAAAAAAAAAAAAAAGCGUUGAAUGUAAUGAAACGCCAUUUUCUGGGGGAGCCCCUACGGCUCCCCAGAGCUAUCC